AGCUCCCGCAGCCGCGGCGCGGCCGGGGUGACACACCGGGAUUACCGCCCCGAGAGACAGUCGUGGCGGGCGAGCAGCGCUCCCCGGCUUCCCUGUUUGCCUCAGGCGUAUCUCGGCAGCGCUCGGAGCCGGCGGCCGGGGUUAAGCAGCCCCGCUCCGGAGGGUUUGGGGAAGCCCUUGGAGGCGCGCGGGGCAGCCUAGGUUGCGCUAGCGCUCCGGGGUCUGGCGGUCGGCCGGGGUCGCCGCCGGAGCGGUGUUUCGGAGGCGUGGAGGAGGAGGAGAUGCUGCUUCUCUUCCCCCCCUCCCCAGGCUCCUUCUCCAGCUUCUUCGGCCCACGCCCGCAGCCGCUUGGGGGAGAGGAGGUGGUGGCUCUCGGCGCCCGCGGCGGCUGCCCGCGGCCCGCCCCGACGCCGCGUCCCGGCUGCCCUUGCCCCGUGCGCCAGUAGCCGGACCGCGUCUCCGGACGAGCGGGUAAUAUGCACGUGUCACUAGCCGAGGCCCUGGAAGUUCGGGGUGGGCCACUGCAGGAGGAAGAAAUAUGGGCUGUAUUAAAUCAAAGUGCCGAAAGCCUCCAAGAGCUAUUCAGAAAAGUAAGCAUAGCUGACCCUGCUGCUCUUGGCUUCAUCAUCUCUCCGUGGUCUCUGCUGCUGCUGCCAUCUGGCAGCGUGUCAUUUACAGAUGAAAAUAUUUCCAAUCAGGAUCUUCGUGCAUUCACUGCACCAGAGGUUCUUCAGAGUCAAUCACUCACUUCUCUCUCCGAUGUUGAAAAGAUCCAUAUUUAUUCUCUCGGAAUGACAUUGUAUUGGGGAGCUGAUCAUGAAGUACCUCAGAGCCAACCUAUCAAGCUUGGAGAUCAUCUCAACAGUAUACUACUUGGAAUGUGCGAGGAUGUGAUUUAUGCUCGGGUUUCUGUUCGGACUGUCCUGGAUGCUUGCAGUGCCCACAUUAGGAAUAGCAAUUGUGCACCUUCAUUUUCCUACGUGAAGCAGUUGGUAAAACUGGUUCUGGGAAAUCUUUCUGGGACGGAUCAGCUUUCCCGUAGCAGCGAGCAAAAGCCUGACCGAAGCCAGGCUAUCCGAGACCGAUUGAGAGGAAAAGGAUUACCAACAGGAAGAAGCUCUACUUCCGAUGUUCUAGACACAUACAAGUCUCCAUUCUGUCAUCAGGCCUUUCUUAACAAAGGGCUUAGUAAAUCCAUGGGAUUUCUAUCUAUCAAAGACACACAAGAUGAGGAAGAUUAUUUCAAGGACCUUUCAUCAGAUAAUAACUCUGGACAAGAAGAUUCAGAAAAUUCCUGCUCCCCUUACCCUUUCAAAUCUAGUGGCCCAGAAAAAAAAGCUGUCCCUGGCGUUGAUGUGCUUCCCAAAAAGAAGAUCUGGGCUUCGUCCAUGGACUUGCUUCGCACAGGUGACAGAGAUUUCUCUUCUGGGGAGACUGACAGAUACCAACACUGUCUUCCUGAGGCGGUUACAGUGCGGACUUCAACCACUCCUAGGAAAAAGGAGGCAAGAUACUCAGAUGGAAGCCUCGCCUUGGAUAUCUUCGGCCCUCAGAAAAUGGACCCAGCAUUUCACCCACGGGAAUUGCCCACCUCCUCGGCAAUAUCAAGUGCUUUGGACCGAAUCCGAGAAAGACAAAAGAAACUUCAGGUUCUGAGAGAAGCCAUGAAUGUAGAAGAACCAGUUCAAAGAUACAAAACUUACCACAGUGAUCUCUUUAGUACGUCCAGUGAAACUCCAUCUAUUAUUUCCUCUGAAUCGGAUUUCAGGCAAGUGAGAAAAAGUGAAACUUCAAAGAGAUUUGAAUCCAACAGUGGUCUCCCAGGUGUAGAUGAAACCCCAAGUCAAGGCCAGUCACAGAGACCAAGACAAUAUGAAACACCCCUUGAAGGCAACUUAAUUAAUCAAGAGAUCAUGCUAAAACGGCAAGAAGAAGAAAUGAUGCAGCUGCAAGCCAGAAUGGCCCUUAGACAGUCUCGGUUGAGCCUGUAUCCAGGGGACACUAUCAAAGCUUCCAUGCUUGACAUCACCAGGGAUCCCUUAAGAGAAAUAGCCCUAGAAACAGCCAUGACCCAAAGAAAACUGAGAAAUUUUUUUGGUCCUGAGUUUGUGAAAAUGACAAUUGAACCAUUUAUAUCUUUGGAUUUGCCACGGUCUAUCCUCACCAAGAAAGGGAAGAAUGAAGAUAACCGAAGAAAAGUAAACAUAAUGCUUCUAAGUGGACAGAGGCUGGAACUAACUUGUGAUACCAAAACAAUUUGUAAAGAUGUGUUUGAUAUGGUUGUGGCCCAUAUUGGCUUAGUGGAACAUCAUUUGUUUGCCUUAGCUACCCUCAAAGAUAAUGAAUAUUUCUUUGUUGAUUCUGAUCUAAAAUUAACCAAAGUGGCCCCAGAGGGAUGGAAAGAAGAACCAAAGAAAAAGAGCAAAGCUUCCGUUAACUUUACUUUGUUUUUCCGAAUUAAAUUUUUCAUGGAUGAUGUUAGUCUGAUACAACACACUCUGACCUGUCAUCAGUAUUAUCUUCAGCUGCGAAAAGACAUCUUGGAGGAGAGGAUACACUGUGAUGAUGAGACUUCUUUAUUGCUAGCAUCCUUGGCUCUCCAAGCUGAGUACGGGGAUUAUCAACCGGAGGUUCAUGGUGUGUCGUAUUUUAGACUGGAGCAUUACUUGCCUCCACGAGUGAUGGAGAAACUUGAUUUGUCCUAUAUUAAAGAAGAGCUACCCAAAUUACACAAUACCUACAUGGGAGCCUCUGAAAAAGAGACAGAGUUAGAAUUUUUAAAGGUCUGCCAAAGACUGACAGAAUAUGGAGUUCAUUUUCACCGGGUACACCCUGAGAAAAAGUCACAAACAGGAAUACUGCUUGGAGUCUGCUCUAAAGGUGUCCUCGUGUUUGAGGUUCACAAUGGAGUUCGCACACUUGUCCUUCGCUUUCCGUGGCGGGAAACCAGGAAGAUUUCUUUUUCUAAAAAGAAAAUCACGUUGCAGAAUACUUCAGAUGGAAUAAAGCACGCCUUCCAGACAGACAACAGUAAGAUAUGCCAGUACCUGCUGCACCUCUGCUCUUCCCAGCACAAGUUCCAGCUGCAACUGAGAGCAAGACAGAGCAACCAAGAUGCCCAGGAUAUUGAGAGAGCUUCGUUUAGGAGCCUGAACCUCCAAGCAGAGUCCGUUAGAGGAUUCAGUAUGGGACGAGCAGUCAGCACUGGUAGUCUGGCCAGCAGCACCCUGAACAAACUUGCCGUUCGACCUCUGUCGGUUCAAGCUGAGAUUCUGAAGAGGCUCUCCUGCUCAGAGCUGUCGCUUUACCAGCCAUUGCAGAACAGUGCAAAAGAGAAGAGUGGCAAAACUGCAUGGGAGGAGAAGCCUAGAGGGAUGAGUAAAUCAUACCACGAUCUCAGUCAGGCCUCUCUCUACCCUCACCGGAAAAAUGUCAGUGUUAACACGGAACCCCCACCACAAACCAUGGCGGAGCUGGUAGGAAAACCGCUUCACCAGAUGGCGAGAUCUGAUACAGAAUCUCUGGCAGGAGUCACAAAACUCAAUAAUUCAAAGUCUGUUGCAAGUUUAAAUAGAAGUCCUGAGAGGAGGAAACAGGAAUCAGACUCCUCAUCCUUUGAAGACCUUGGUCAAGCAUAUGUUCUAGGAAUGACUUUGCAUAGUUCUGGAAAUUCUUCAUCCCAAGUACCCUUAAAAGAAAAUGAUGUGCUACACAAAAGAUGGAGCAUAGCAUCUUCACCAGAAAGGGAGAUCACCCUGGUUAACCUGAAAAAAGAUGCACAGUAUGGCUUAGGAUUUCAGAUUAUUGGUGGAGAAAAGAUGGGAAGACUGGAUCUAGGUGUAUUUAUUAGUUCAGUUACUCCUGGAGGACCAGCUGACUUGGAUGGAUGCUUAAAGCCAGGAGACCGUUUGAUAUCUGUGAAUAGUGUCAGUCUGGAGGGGGUCAGCCACCAUGCCGCAGUUGAAAUUCUGCAAAAUGCACCUGAAGAUGUGACCCUCGUUAUCUCUCAGCCAAAGGAAAAGCUAUCCAAAGUGCCUUCUCCUCCUGUGCACGUGGCCAAUGGCAUGAAAAGCUACAUGAAAAAGCCUUCCCACCUGCAAGAUAACGCUGCAAAUUCUUCUGAGGAUCACUGCUGGCCACGGGGCACCCCGAGGCACAUCUCAGAGAGCUCUUUUGGGCUGUCUGGGGGCCUGCGGGAGGGAAGCCUGAGCUCUCAGGAUUCCAGGACUGAGAGUGCCAGCUUGUCACAGAGCCAGGUCAAUGGGUUCUUUGCCAGCCAUGCAGGUGACCGCAGCUGGCAGGACUCACAGCGUGGCAGCCCUUCCCCAUCUGUGAUAUCCAAAGCCACCGAGAAAAAGUGGACUUCUCCUGACAGUAACCGAAGCAAAGCUAAAAACACAGGCAUUUCUGAUGCACCAGAUUACUCUGACCGUGGAGAUUCAGACAUGGAUGAAGCCACUUAUUCCAGCAGUCAGGAUCAUCACAUACCAAAAAAGGAAUCUUCCUCCUCCAUGAAUACAUCCAACAAAAUGAAUUUUAAAACUUUUCCUUCAUCACCUCCUAAACCUGGAGAUAUCUUUGAGGUUGAACUGGCUAAAAAUGAUAACAGCUUGGGGAUAAGUGUCACGGGAGGUGUGAAUACCAGUGUCAGACAUGGUGGCAUUUAUGUGAAAGCCGUUAUUCCCAAGGGAGCAGCAGAGUCUGAUGGCAGAAUUCACAAAGGUGAUCGUGUCCUCGCUGUGAAUGGAGUUAGUCUAGAAGGGGCUACCCACAAACAAGCUGUGGAAACACUGAGAAAUACAGGACAGGUGGUUCAUCUGUUGUUAGAAAAAGGACAGUCUCCAGCAUCCAAAGAACAUGUCCCCCAGUGUACCCUCUCAGAUCCGGAUACCCAAGGUCAAGCCCCAGAAAAAAUGAUGAAGAAAAUGACUCAUGUCAAAGACUACAGCUUUGUUACUGAAGAGAAUACAUUUGAGGUGAAAUUGCUGAAAAAUAGCUCAGGCCUAGGAUUCAGUUUUUCUCGAGAGGAUAAUCUUAUACCCGAGCAAAUGAACACCAGCAUAGUAAGGGUUAAAAAGCUCUUUCCUGGACAGCCAGCAGCAGAAAGUGGACAAAUUGAUGUGGGAGAUGUUAUCUUGAAAGUGAAUGGAGCCUCUCUGAAAGGACUGUCUCAACAGGAGGUCAUAUCUGCUCUCAGGGGAACGUCUCCAGAAGUAUCCUUGCUCCUCUGUAGACCUCCACCUGGGGUGCUUCCAGAAAUUGACCCUGCUCUUUCGACCCCCCUGCACUCUCCAGCCCAAGUACCUCUGAACAACAGCAAAGACCCUCCUCAGACAGCGUGUGCGGAGCAAGGCACCAGCUCAGAUGAAAAUGAGAUGUCAGACAAAAACAGGAACCCAUGCACGUCCGCAUCCAGGAGAGACAGUUACAGUGACAGCAGUGGGAGUGGAGAAGAUGACUUAGCGAAAGCUCCGGCAAAAAUCCCAAAUGUUAGCUGGAGCUCAGCUUUGCAUCAGACCCUAAGCAGCAUGAUGUCACAGGCACAACGUCAUCGUGACACACUCAGGAGUCAUGUCAUCCAAAAUAACUACAAGAGUAAGGCUCCUUAUUUCUUUUUUCUUAUUAUUAACCCUCCUUCCCCUCAACCACUGGAUGUAACUCCUGGGCAGAGCUGUCAAUCUCAAUCAGAAUCUGUUUCAAUAAAUGCAAUGGAUAGAUAUAUACAUCACACUUCUGAACCAACUAGACGAGAAAGCUUGACAUCUUUGAAAAAUGACUUGGAAAACCACCUUGAAGACUUUGAACUGGAGGUAGAACUCCUGAUUACCCUAAAUAAGUCGGAAAAAGGAAGCCUGGGCUUCACAGUGACCAAAGGCAGUCAGAGCGCUGGUUGCUACGUUCACGAUGUCGUUCAGGAUCCAGCCAAAAGUGACGGGAGGCUGAGGCCUGGGGACCGGCUCAUCAGGGUUAAUGAUACAGAUGUUACAAACAUGACCCACACAGAUGCAGUGAACCUACUCCGAGCUGCGCCCAGGACAGUCAGAUUAGUUCUUGGCCGAGUUCUGGAAUUACCCAGGAUGCCAGUGCUCCCUCAUCUGCUACCUGAUGUCACAUUUACGUGCAACCAAGAGGAGCUGGGUUUUUCCUUAUCUGGAGGUCGUGACAGUCUUCAUCAAGUGGUGUAUGUUAAUGAUAUCAAUCCAAGGUCAGUUGCAGCCACGGAGGGUAAUCUCCAGCUCUUAGACAUCAUCCACUAUGUGAACGGAGUCAGCACACAAGGCAUGUCUCUGGAGGAAGCUAAGCGAACAUUGGACCUGUCACUUCCUUCGGUGGUACUGAAAGCUACAAGAGAUGGUCAUCCGGUGGUUUCCAGUUCCAAGAGGUCUUCUCUUUCAGCUUCAAAGUCAGCCAAAGCCAAUGGCCCUCACAUCGUGGAGCCUUGUGGCAAACCUUCACUCACACCUAAAAACUCAUUCUCCAAGGUUAAUGGAGAAGAAAUCAUUGAAAUUUUGUACCCUGAAGGAAAAUGUUCUACUUAUCAGACAAAGGAAUCAGCAAACCUGAUUCUGUACAAAGAAUCUGAUGGACAAGAAGAUGAGAACUAUGAUGAUCCCCAAGAAGCUGAAGUUAUCCAGUCUUUGCUGGAUGUUGUGGAUGAGGAAGCUCAGAAUCUUUUAAACCAAAAUAACGCAGCAGGAGAUGCCUAUGUUCCAGGUGCAUUGAAAGCCAAUGGGAAGUUAUCUGAAGAGAGAGCAGAAGAUACAUACUGUGAUGGUUCCCCUUUACCUGAAGAUUUUACAGAGUCUACCAAAAUGAAUGGCUGUGAAGAACAUUGUGAAGAAAAAGGUAAAAGUGAAAGCUUAAUUCAAAAGUCAGAAGAAAAGAAGACUGAGGAUGAUGAAAUAACAUGGGGAAGUGAUGAAUUGCCAAUAGAAACAACAGAACAUGAAGAUUCCAAUAAAGAGCAUCCCUUUCUGACAAACGAGGAACUCACCACACUCCCCAUCGUCAAAGUGCUUCCCUCCGGGAAAUACACUGGUGCCAAGCUGAAGUCAGUCAUUCGAAUGUUGCGGGGUUUACUUGAUCAAGGAAUCCCAUCUAAGGAGCUGGAGAAUCUUCAAGAAUUAAAACCUUUGGAUCAAUGUCUAAUUGGACAGACGAAGGAAAACAGAAGGAAGAACCGAUAUAAAAAUAUACUGCCCUAUGAUGCUACCAGAGUGCCUCUGGGAGAUGAAGGUGGAUAUAUCAACGCCAGCUUCAUCAAGAUACCAGUGGGGAGAGAAGAGUUUGUCUACAUCGCCUGCCAAGGACCUCUCCCCACAACCGUUGGAGAUUUCUGGCAGAUGAUUUGGGAACAAAACUCCACAGUGAUAGCCAUGAUGACCCAAGAAGUAGAAGGGGAAAAAAUCAAAUGCCAGCGCUAUUGGCCUAACGUCCUAGGCAAAUCGACCAUGGUCAGCGACAGACUUCGACUGGCUCUGGUGCGAGCGCAGCAGCUGAAGGGCUUUGUGGUGAGGGCAAUGACCCUGGAAGACAUUCAGACAGGAGAGGUACGACAUAUAUCUCAUCUGAAUUUUACUGCCUGGCCAGACCAUGAUACACCUUCCCAGCCAGACGACUUGUUGACGUUUAUCUCCUACAUGAGACAUGUUCACAGAUCGGGCCCAAUCAUCACACACUGCAGCGCGGGCAUUGGACGUUCAGGAACCCUGAUAUGCAUAGAUGUGGUUCUAGGAUUAAUCAGUCAAGAUCUUGAAUUCGACAUCUCUGACUUAGUGCGCUGCAUGAGACUACAGAGACACGGGAUGGUUCAGACAGAGGUGAGUGUCAUCUCAUAACUUCUGAUGAAGAUUUUUGCAGAAGUAUUUCUAGGGCUGUCUUUUUUCAAUGUUACCUUUUAGUUUAAAAAACAAGAAAAUGCAAUACCAACAAUGAAUAGAUUACAGAGAAUAGGAUGGCACAUUGAGGGGCAAAAAUUUGAGGUGGGACAAAAUAGCAUGUAAUUAGUGGCAUUUCCUCCCCAAUUCCAACCUAAAAAAGAGAGAGAAGGUAAUAUUUUUGCUACAGAAUUUUCCUGAGGGAAUAGAUUCAGCAACAUUGACUUGAAGGCAGAAAGGGGGUCUGGAGUUCUUAGCUUGGAAAAGAGUUCAUUUAUCCUGUGCUUUGGUCAUUUUCAUUUCUCUUACCUAAAGUCAAAAGAUAGGUUAUAUCACCCACUGACCUGCAGACAUGGGUCCUUCCCGGGGACUACAUGACGUAGAGUGUCUGUCCACUCCUUGUAGUUCCACUAUCCUUUUUGUUUAUAUUGGGAGGGGAAUACAUUGCACAAUUCUGUAUCCCAUGUCUUACAUUCAACCCUAUAACCAUUUUUCCAUAUUUUCAAAAUUGCUCAAACAUCACUUCCAGUAGUGGUGAAGCUAUAUAUAUCAGCAUAUAUUCACACUAUACAUCUGGUCUUCUCUUCCUCUCUCUCUUUUUCCUCUUUUUUUUGUCUGGUAUGGAAGCUGUGUUCAUAUAUCUAAUAAUUUAUAUUUCUCUACCUCCCAAAGAAUACAAAAGUUUACUAUUUUUAAAAUUAAAACUUGCCACCUUUCCUUUCAUAUACCUUUUAAAUUCAAAUUAGGUCUUCUAAAUAUUAAGCUGAUUCAUAGCCAAUUUUUUUAGGUAAAGAAAACGUACUAAAAAAAUUCAUCUUUAGAUCCAGGAAGUUCAGUUGUUCAGCAGAUAUUUAUUAAGUGCCUACUGUAUGCCAGGCACUCUUCUAGAUGCUUGGAGCAUGUCAGUGAAUAAGAUGAAUAACAAAGAUCUUCUGCCAGAAUAAAAGAUCUUCUAGUGAAUGGUGAUGAACAAGGCAGAUAAUAAAUCCAUUAACUGUACUCAGUUAAGAUAUAAGUUAUGAUAUAAGAUCUUUGAAAGUGAUAAGUGCUUUAGAAGGAGAAAGGGUGGAGUGGAGCAUGAGGCAUGGCAGGCUGGGUGAUAUUUUACAUAGAGUGGUACCACUGAGGAUGCAACCCCUUGAGCAAAGAUGUGAAGGACGUGAGGCAGGCGGUCAUGCGGAUGUCUGGGAGAAAAAACCUUGCAGGCAGACAGAAUCACCUUCCAGGAGGUCCACGAUAGGAGCGUGUCUUCUGUGUUCAAGAGUAGUCACAACCCGUGUGGCUGAGGCAGAGGGAGCAGGAGGGGAGGUGUGAGAGGAGGUGAUGGGGCCAGAGCUUGGGGCUUCCGUCUGAGUGAGAUGGAGGCAUCACCGGAUUGUCAGUAUGGAAUGAUGUGAAUUAACUCCCAUCUUAAAGGACCACUCCGGCUGCUGUGCUGAAACAAGACGCAGUUCGGGAAGGAGGGUGCAGGGCUAGAAACCAGAGGACCGCAAGUGUCACCAAAGCACAAAAAUAGAGGUGGCCCACCCAUCAGAGACAGCGUCAGUUAGCACUCACCCAGCCCACCCCCAGGCUUCUUCCUUCCACAUUUUGUCAAUUGGGUUUCUGUUCCU